UUUCGAUGGUUUCCAAAUUCCUUAUGCAGGCAUUUAGGGUCUUUCCAUUGCUCCCCUGCCCCCAGAAAUGCAUUCAUUUUCCGUGGCUUUUUACUAGUUUAACUCUUAGAGGGCAAUCUUAUUCCCAAGUUUCUGAGGGACACUUUGUUGGAACCAACAAACAUUGUGAGUAACUAUUCAGAUAUCAAGUAGAAUGAGGAUUCAGUAAGAAGCCGCAGGACUUGGCAAAUAAAAGGGUCAUUGGGCGAGCUCAAUACUAACAGUUUCGGUAAGCUUGUGGGAGUGGACCCCCUGGGAGUGGACAAAUGAAUCUGAAUUCCUUCGUUAGAUAUCUAAGAAGUGCUGGACCCUCAGAGUAAAAUAUAAGUAAUUACAGACGAGAUCCCUACCCUGGUGCGGCUGAGAAGGAAAGGUGACCUAAAGUCACGACAAUUGUCUAAUGAUACAGUUCAUGUUGUUGAGGAACUGUACAGGGCUGUGACAGCCUUUAAGAGGUGGCUCUGGCCUAGUGUAGAGGUAUAGGAAGGAAAGGUUCUGAGGCAGAGACGUAGGACUGGAGAUGUGAAGGCGUGGCACAGUGGAGCAAGACUUUUGGCGUACGCAAAAGACAGCCUGUGUGGCUACAGAGCGGAGAGCGAGGAGAACCGAACUAGGCGAGGAUGGGAAGCAUUCGGCAGCCACAAACGGAUGUGAGGUGAGGCGGGAGCGGCGACCUUUGAAGGAAAAAAGGAAGUGUUUGGACGACAGCGAGCGGGAGAAGCGGGGUCAAAGGGAGCACUAUGUCUGCGGAAGUCCCCGAGGCAGCCUCCGCGGAGGAGCAGAAGAGUGAACACAACAUGCUCCCUUGGUCUCUGCAACCAUCGAUUCCUAACAGCCUAGAGGAAAUGGAAGAUAAAGUGACUAGUCCAGAGAAAGCAGAAGAAGCAAAAUUAAAAGCAAGAUAUCCUCAUCUGGGACAAAAGCCUGGAGGUUCAGAUUUCUUAAGGAAACGGUUGCAGAAAGGGCAAAAAUAUUUUGAUUCUGGGGAUUACAACAUGGCUAAAGCAAAAAUGAAGAACAAGCAACUUCCUACUGCAGCUCCUGAUAAGACGGAGGUCACUGGUGACCACAUUCCCACUCCGCAGGACCUUCCUCAACGGAAACCAUCCCUUGUUGCUAGCAAGCUGGCUGGCUGAUUAAGAGGCUGAACUGCAUGAAUCUGCUAAAUCUCAUUAUUUCUCCUUAAUAUGUUACUUAUCUACUUUUUAUUUCCUUUCAUUCACUAGUCAUUUGAGACUGACAGCUUUGCAGGUAGCAGUAGUGUGUGCUGCUAUUGUGGAAUAUACAUGUGUAGAGUUUUUGAUUAGUUUAACAGUGCACUGGUGAAGAGGACAUGUUAGAGCAACAUAAGUAAACUACUUGAAAAUAAUUGUAUAUAUUACCUAACUCCUAGUGUAGUACUGGUUCUAACAAGUAACAAGCAAGUUUUAAAAUUUUAAUGUUUUGGCUUUCAUUACUUCAUCUUAAUUAUAGCUUUGUAUGUUACUCUUAUUUAAUAUAAUCUCUAUUGUAUUGAUUUCUUCUGUAUUUACCUUUUGGAUUUUGUAAAACAGAAGUUUAAGACCACAAGUUAGAAGAAAGGUCACAUAUUUCAAACACAACUAGAUGGGGCUCUGAAAGAUUUGUAUCUCUGCUUGAACUUGAAUGGCCUUAAACCUGUUUCAGCUUUAACAGUAGAAUUUUACUUGGGCAAUAUUUGCCCAUUCUGGUGUAACUUAUGUGACUCUAGUGCUUAACAGCUGCCGUUGAAGCUAAUAUUCAGUUCUGUAGAGUUAGAAUACCUUUUGUUGUUGAAGAUGUGAAUGAAGUAUGCAUGUGCAUUGACUGUUGAAUUCACUUUUGUGCCAUUUUUGUAAAUACAGUAGUUUUGCACAACCUCUCACAAAUGUCUGUAUUAAUUUCACAUACUUAAAAAGUAGAUAAUGUGCCAACCAGAAGCACAAGAGUUCCUACACAAAACUCUGUAAAUCAUUAUAGCUUUUGUAUAAUAAGAGUAGUUUACAAUCUCGGGCUUAUAGAAUACCAAACUGAAAUCUUAGUUCAAUCUGCCAUAGACUUAAGCUUUUCAUUUGUUAUUAAUAUCCAUGACAUUCAGUGGCCUUGUGCAAAUAUGAUAUGUUGCUUAGGCAUAUCUUUUGUCCUAUGCAGAACCUUUCAUUUUGAUUUUUAUGAAAGUUGCAAUUCAUGUAAUUUAUAUAAACUUUUUAAAUGUAGAAACUUUUUACUUCCACACUCAGUUUUGGAGACCCUAGAAUAAAAGGCUUCAAUACUCUGCAUUCCAUGCCCUCUGCCACCUGCUUUUUUUUCCCCUUUGUUCUUUGACUCAAAUGGUAUUGAGCUGUUUGUUGUAUAUGGAAGCAUAGGUGUCUAUAUCCUUACUCUUUUAUAUAACACAAUAAUAGCGUUUUCCUUCUGAUUUCUCAGUUGUUAACCUCUCUCUUUUUUUUUUUUAGGAUAGGGCCUUGCUAUGUCACCUGAGCUCUAGUGCAGUAGUGCAAUCACAGCUCACUGCAACCUUACUCCUAGGCUCAAGUUAACUAUUCUUGAUCCUUUAUUAUUACUAAUAUUCUACAAUUGUUUAAAUAAAAGGAACUUUAUAAUGAAACGGUUCGGAAUACUGGCUCAAGAACCUGUGUCAAGAUGAGCUGAAUUUUGGUAAAUUAUUUUAGGAAUUAUGACAAGCUAAUUGAAUUAGGCUUGUGACAAUGAGAGUAAUUUACAUGACAGGUAAAACUCCUAUUAAAAAUGUUUAGAUGUUUGCUUCUGUAGAUGUCACUUUAAUAAAAUACCAAUUUAGUUUUACUUGUGGCUUAUCUAGUUAGAACUUAACAGACUUUACUGGGACAAGUUUACUGCUCUUGUAGGAGCUCCUCUCACAAGUAGUUGUAAUGCUGUAGCAAGAUACUCAGGAUCAGUAGCUUGAGAUGUUACUAUUUUUCUCUUCAUCUUUGACUUGCAGAGAGCCUCCCGUUUUUGGAUCCAGGCAUCUUUUCUGAAUCCUGGUUCCAUCAGUAUACCUGCUCUCCUAUGACCCCAAGUCAUAGUCAAUGGUGCCUCGAACAUAGCACCUUAAGUUAAAGGCUGCCUAGUGCUCUGAGGAAAGCUUGCUGAUUAUCUUCCUGAUCUACUCACCCCAAAAGGCAGAAAAGCAACACAGUCACUGCUGUGGUCAUUUGUAAUGUAAAGAUCAGUUAUAUAUAUAUAUUUGUAAUGAGAGCAAGUAUAUACUCAUUAUAGAAUCAAUUUAAGAAGUUUAAAAUAUCCCAGAGUAGAAUUUCUAUAUCUAGUCUUUUGGUUUUUUUAUGAGUAUUUGCAAGUAAUUACCAUUAAAUUCACACAUGAAAGAUUAAUCUGAAAGAUCAGAGAGACCAUGUUAUUCCUGACCACGAUAGAACUGCUCCUGUGGUUUGGGACAAGUAAUAAAACAACUGCUUGAGUUUUGUUUGUAAAAUACACAAUAUUUGACCUACCUCAAAACGUAUUGAGGAUCUGUGAAAUGCUAAGUGCCCAAAACAAAAUAUUGCUGAUUGUCUUUUUAUUAAAAGUAAAUUUCCUCAUUAAGCCAACCUGCCUUCUGUAAGUCACAGUGCUUAAAUCUCAGGAUUUUUCAUUAGGAGAGACCUGUCGUUAAGGAUUUGUAGGUAUAAUUGCUUAGCCUCCAUUAUUGGUGCUUGGGAUAGAGAGGUUUUAGAUUUUUGGUUUUUUUUUUUUUUCUGCCUCAAAGCUCAGUUUAUUGAAGACAUUUGUAAGCUAUUGGAUCAUCACUUGAAUCAAGAUUUUGACUAGUGAGCUUAAUUGUCCAUUUCUUACAAUUUCAAAGUUACAGUCUCAGAAAUGGUUAAUUUUAAUAACUGUCCUAUCAUAAAUUAAUGUUGGAAUAAAUUGAAGUUGUUGAUAAAUACUUCAUGAGAACUAAAGUCUGAAAUAAAUUACUUGUUUUAUGUCCAAUAGCUACUACAUUUGAUAGAACAGUUUUGAGGAACAUUUCAUUCUUGAACGCAGCAUCUGACAUGGUUCUCAGCAAGUUGGAAUAGUAAGGAUUAUUGGCUUGUUUCGAUGAGUGGAAGCGGCAUGUUUGUAGCAUACAAGUUAUUCAAUAAUCUUGUGCUGAUGACCUAAAAAUAUGUCUUAACUAUUCAUCAAGGAAAGCCUGGUGAAGCCUUUACUUGUUAACUACUUCAACAGUUGGAAUUAGUUGCUCUUUUUACUUGAUGAAACAAAACUAUACCUCUGAAUAUUUAUGGAUACUUUUUACUAAAUCAGGCUUGUGUUCUUAAUCCAAAUUAGUAAAGUUUUAUGGAAGCUGAAAUGGAAUACAGUAGUCUCACCUUAUCUGCAAGAGAUACAUUCCAAGACCCCUAGUGGAUGCCUGAAACCUCAGAUAGUACUGAACCCUUUAUCAACUAUGCUUUUUCAGUCUGACAACCAAGGCGGCUACUAAGCGACUAAGGGGCAGGUAGUAUACAGUGUGGAUAAGCAGGACCAAGGGGUGAUUCACAUCCCAGGCAGGACAGAGCAGGAGAUCAUGAGAUUUCAUCACUCAGGAUGGCUUGUGAUUUAUUUUAUUUUAUUCUUUUUUUUUUUUUUGAGAUGGAGUCUCACUCUUGCCCAGGCUGGAGUGCAGUGGUGCGAUCUUGGCUCACUGCAACCUCUGCCUCCUGGGUUCAAGCAGUUCUCCUGCCUCAGCCUCCCAGGUAGCUGGGAUUACAGGCGUCCGCCACCAUGCCCAGCCAAUUUUUGUACUUUUAGUAGAGACGGGGUUUCACCAUGUUGGCCAGGCUGGUCUCGAACUCCUGACCUCAGGUGAUCCACUCGCCUCGGCCUCCCAAAGUGCUGGCAUUAUAGGCAUGCGCCACCAUGCCCGGCCGGCUUAUGAUUUAAAACAUGAAUUGUUUAUUUCUGGAAUUUUCCACAUAAUAUUUUUGGACCAAGGUUGCCUCAGGUAACAAACUACAGAAAGUGAAAUUGCAGAUAAAGGGGAUUACUGCUCCUGUGCUCUAAAAUUGGUGUUUGGGUGAUCAGAAGCAGGUAGCCAAUGGGAAGAGCACUUCUGAGUGAUAACUAAAGCAGUUUCUUUGGUGGCCUUUUCACAUACUCCAAUGUUCAAGCAUAUUUUCCACUUUCCAUUUUCUCUUUCACCUCAUUUUGCCUCUCUAUCCCCCAUCCCUGCUUAUUUCUUAAGCCCAUCAAUGGCACUCAUUAAAUUGUAUUUAGGGCUAAUGAAUCGUUCCUUCAUAUCGUUUUCAAUAUGCCACAAUUUAGGACACAUUUAAAAUUUUCUAAAUAUCCUAAUCAAUAUUGACUAAUUUGAGCCACAUUCCCAACUCUUAACACAGCACACACUGCCAGUCUUCCCCAAUAUCUGUCUCUUCUCAAUUCCCCACCACACCUUAUAAAAUUGGAAUCAAAGAUAUCUCACUCUGUCAUUGUUAAUCUAAGAAUAAAAACACUGACUUUAAUGCGGUUUUACUAAGUUUCAACCUAAUUAGGUAGGCCUCUAGGUAUUCUGCAGAUCACUGGUGGUCUUGAUAGCCAUUAAUAUAUGUUUGUAUUAUGUUAUUUUUCAACUAAAUCGCAGUUGGAAAAAAACAUAUUUAAUAUUAUGCCCUUGGAUCUGUUACUGCAUCACUAGCACUUGUGAUGCAAUAGAACACUUCGCCUGUACUGAAAGGGCCAAGAGUAAAUGCCUUGUUUUGUUUUUGUUUUGUUUUGUUUUGCUUUUUGUUAAAACAUGUCUAUAGAGUUGGCAGUUAAUGCUGAAUUUGUCAAAUACCCCUUCCAAAAUUAUACUUGUAUUUAAAAAAUAAAUGGAUCUACCUAAUUUCUAUUGA